AUGUCGUCCCUUCCGGCUACCGCCGUGCGGUCGUCGCAGAAGAUGGCCCGGACCGUCCUGCAGCAGCAGCAGCGCCGUGCGAUUUCGGACGUCACAAUCACACGCACCGGCAAGCCCAUCAUCCGGGUGCAGGGUGGAAGAUCUUCCCUUGGAGGCCACACGGCCACGGUGUUCGGUGCCACGGGCGCCCUCGGUCGCUAUAUUGUGAACCGGCUUGCUCGGCAAGGCUGCACGGUCGUCAUCCCCUUCCGCGAGGAGAUGACCAAGCGGCACUUGAAGGUGACGGGCGAUCUUGGCCGGAUUGUGUUCACGGAGUUCGACCUGCGGAACACGGCGUCGAUUGAGGAGAGCGUCCGGCACUCGGACGUUGUCUACAACCUCAUCGGCCGGAACUACCCAACCAAGAACUUCUCCCUUGAGGAUGUCCAUGUCGAGGGAACGGAGCGCAUUGCCGAGGCGGUGGCCAAGUACGACGUUGACCGGUUCAUCCACGUGUCGUCGUACAACGCGGACCCGACGUCGCCAUCGGAGUUCUACGCAACCAAGGGCCGCGGCGAGGCAGUAGCGCGCGCCAUCUUCCCCGAGACGACGAUUGUGCGCCCGGCGCCCAUGUUCGGUUUCGAGGACAACCUUCUGCUGCGGCUGGCGGGCGUGUACAAUGUCCUGACGUCGAACAACAUGCAAGAGCGCUACUGGCCGGUGCACGUCAUUGACGUGGGCCAGGCGCUGGAGAAGAUGCUGUACGACGACACCACGGCGGGCCAGACGUUUGAGCUGUACGGCCCCAAGAACUACUCGACAGCCGAGCUGGCCGAGCUUGUGGACCGCGAAAUCUACAAGAAGCGGCAACAUAUCAACGUGCCCAAGGCGCUGCUGAAGCCGGCGGCGACACUACUAAACAAACUACUAUGGUGGCCGGUGCUGUCGGGCGAGGAUGUUGAGCGGGAGUUUAUUGAUCAGACGAUUGACGAGACGGCCAAGACGUUCAAGGACCUGGGCAUUGAGAAGCCGGGCGAGAUUGCCGACUUUACCUACCACUACCUGCAAGGAUACCGCAGCUCCUCGUACUACGACCUACCGCCAACAACAGAGCGCGAGAAGCGGGAGGACAGAAAGUACCUGCACGUCGUGGACGACCAGUAG